UCCGCCAAUCCCAGCGGGCCACAGAUAGCUUGCCCGUCCGGCCCCUUUCUGUCACCAAUCUAGGUGGCCCUCCCGACCAGACAGCCAGCCAAUCAAGAGCACGACAACAUCCCGCCUUUGCUCUCGUUAGCUGAGGCAGGCAUCGGUUGGAAUUUUUGCGAGCCAGCCACUCCGCCGACAUCUGGCAGCAGGAGGUGGUUUAAAGGAAGUGGCGGGAAGCUGGUGUUUGAUCGAUUUUCGUCACCCUCAUGGUCGCUUCGAUUUUUCACAGUCAAAAUUAACAUAGCAAAAUUAGCCAAGAUGUCUGUCGAUCCAAUGACCUAUGAGGCCCAGUUUUUUGGCUUCACGCCACAAACUUGCAUGCUCAGGAUCUACAUUGCAUUUCAAGACUACCUAUUUGAAGUGAUGCAGGCUGUUGAACAGGUUAUUCUGAAGAAACUGGAUGGCAUCCCAAACUGUGAGAUUAGUCCAGUCCAAAUUCGUAAAUGUACGGAGAAGUUUCUUUGCUUCAUGAAAGGACGUUUUGAUAACCUUUUUGUCAAAAUGGAACAGCUGUUUUUACAGUGGAUUUUGCGUAUUCCCCCAAACAUCUUGCUUCCGGAAGAUAAAUCUCAGGAGAUGCAUCCUUAUAGUGAGGAAGAAUUCCACCUUCUCCAAAAAGAAAUUGAACAGUUACAGGAGACAUAUAAGACUGAAUUAUGCACUAAGCAAGCCCUUCUUGCAGAAUUAGAAGAGCAAAAAAUUGUUCAGGCCAAACUCAAACAGACAUUGGCUUUGUUUGAUGAGCUUGAAAAUGUUGGCAGAGCUCAUGGGACUAGUGAUUUUAAGGAGAGCUUAGUGUUCCUGGUCCAGAACUCCAGAAAACUACAGAAUAUUAGAGACAAUGUGGAAAAGGAAAGCAAAAGACUGAAAAUAUCUUAAUUUCUAAAUAAUAAAGGGAGUCUGUCAAAAGCAGAAUGAGUAAGGGAUUCAUAUCAAUGACUAUUCUUAUUUUAGUGAACUGUAUAUUUUACUGGAUUUUCUUUGUUUACUUUCUUGUAGUCCACAUCUUCCUCUUUUUUGGUCCUAUUCUGAAGUAUCUAUGUAUUACCCUGAUCUAAUCUUUGAAACAUUUAUUCUUUACAGGCCUCUCAUAGGUGGGAAAGGAUUCUUGAUUCAGUAAUGACUCUUUUGGGGCCUUGAUUGAAGAAAAUAAAGCUUUCCCUGGCCAGUCAAAGAUAUUUGUAAAAGUUGUACCUUGGUCAUGAGUUCUUCGUAAUUUCGUUAUUUUUGACUUAUUCUUUAGAUGAGAUCAAAUGAGAAAAAGGUUGAAUGGGUGGCUUCUUUAUUGACCAACCACUAUAUUGUGAGACAGCCAAAACAGAAUGCUUGCUUUUGUUCAAUAACUUUUCUUAUACAAAGAAGAUGAUAAGUAGUUGAAAGACUCAAGUAGCAGAAAAACAACCAUGACAUUUAGGACAGAAGAAAGAAGUUGUUUUUGUUUCUAAAAUAAAUCCUUUCCAUGACCAAGGCCUUGGUGAUGUUAAGAAAUUUACUAUCUUGGAGCCCAGCAGUAGAAGACCUUGGACAAAAAAGAAGCAGAUCUCACUGGAAAAGAAAAGGAAGCCUGGAACAUACCCAAAAGCAAAGUUUAUAUUAUCUAUUAGGUAUUUUUGUCAUUUUUUUCAUAUUUCAGGUAAUUUUGGAACCUUCCUUGCACCUAAUAUUUAAUUAACUUAUGUACACACUCAUAAGCAUCAAAUAUUUAGUGCCGUCAGUGAGAAAUUUUAGCUGUAUGUUGUGCUUAAAUUCAACGGAGUCUGAUAUUUCCUUUUGUAAUUAACCCAUGUAACAUGUUAGGUUACCCAGGAAAGAGAAGAUAUAGCAAUAGUUACUCUGAAGGUAUUGCUUGCCCUCCAUGUCUCCCUAAAGAACAGGAUUUAGAGUGUCUCCUUUAUGUAGAAGAGUAACUUAGGGUAUUAAUAUUUGCAAUUAGAUAUUCAUAGAUUUAGGAAGUCUUUACCUGGAAUAUGUUUAUUAUCAAAGAGUUCUUUUUCCAAUCCUGUACAUGAAAUACAUAUGUUUUUAAAGGC